UGUAUAUAAAGACACCCACUCUGCCUGUGUCCUUCUGCAGAACAGAGCAAACGCGCAAACGCACUCAUACACACUGAAAGUGGGAUUGAGAGAGAGAAUACUUAGCCAAGAAGAUGUUUCAAAGCUCAACAAGAAGCAAAUGGUUCACUUUGUUUAUGCUCUUCUUUGCUCUUUUUGCUUCUGCAAUCCUUGGAGAAGAUGGGUUGGUGACGAACGGUGAUUUUGAAACGCCACCGACCACUGGCUUCCCCAAAGACGAGGCCCUGGUUGAAGGCCCCACCGAAAUUCCAGGGUGGAAAACAAACGGCACCGUAGAGCUGGUAUCCUCUGGACAAAAACAAGGUGCGAUGAUCCUCAUUGUACCACGAGGUGCACACGCAGUAAGAUUGGGGAAUGACGCGGAUAUCAGCCAGGAAUUGACGGUCGAGAAGGGAUCUGUAUACUCGGUCACGUUCAGUGCGGCUCGCACGUGCGCUCAGCUGGAAUCUCUAAACGUGUCAGUGCCACCUGCAUCACAGACUAUAGACCUGCAGACAUUGUAUAAUGUGCAAGGGUGGGACCCAUACGCGUUGGCUUUUGAGGCACAGGAGGAUAAAGUGAGGCUGGUUUUCUCGAAUCCCGGCAUGGAAGAUGACCCUACUUGUGGGCCUAUUAUCGAUGAUAUUGCGAUCAAAAAGCUUUUCACUCCUGAGCGACCCAAAGACAAUGCAGUAAUUAAUGGUGAUUAUGAGGAAGGCCCCUGGAUGUUUAAUAACGUUUCACUCGGAGUCCUGCUCCCAACCAAACUGGACGAGGAAACGUCGUCGUUGCCCGGUUGGAUUAUCGAAUCAUACAGGGCUGUCCGCUACAUAGACUCUUAUCAUUACUCCGUUCCACAAGGCAAACGUGCCAUUGAAUUGCUCUCAGGCAAGGAAGGCAUAAUCUCACAGAUGGUUGAAACAACACCCAGCAAGCCUUACACGAUGUCGUUUGCCUUGGGCCAUGCCGGGGACAAAUGCAAGCAGCCACUUGCAGUCAUGGCCUUCGCCGGUGAUCAGGCCCAAAAUAUCCAUUACACACCCGACUCCAACUCCACCUUCCAGGUUGCAAACCUCAACUUCACAGCCAAGGCCGACAGGACCCGUAUUGCAUUUUAUAGCGUGUACUACAAUACCAGGAGUGAUGAUAUGAGCUCGUUGUGUGGGCCAGUGGUGGACGAUGUUCGGGUAUGGUUUUCAGGGGCAAGGAGGAUUGGAUUUGGGGGGCUUGGUUUAGGGCUUGGGCUGUGGGUGUCUGUUUGGGCUCUGCUUUAUUAAGCCGCGGGGGGAGGUUUGAAUGGGGAGAAAGAGCAGCAAUUGCAUGUUUAUUAUGUGUAUGGUGUAGAAUCUUAAGAGGUCUGGGCAAGGGUGUUUUGGUAAGCGAAAAUACCCAGAGUCCAUCCAUGUGUUUGUCGUUAGUGACCUUUGCUAUUAGAAAUGAGAAAAGCUUUUUAUUAAUCUAA